AUGGACAGCCUGACAGCAGGGUCCCUGGACAAGGGGACCCCACUGGUAGACAGAGAUGGGAAAGUGAGGCCGGAGUCGGCUGGGGCCCCAGAGCAGUACUGGAACCAGACUGCAUCCUGGUCUCCGGGAACAAGCUCUCCGGUGCCACGGGGCAGCAGCAAACUGGACUCGGGGAGUGACUGCAGCGGGUGGCGUUCCCGGCUCCGCCUCUGCCUCGCGCUGACUCCGCCCCUGGAACUACGCUCCCAUCGUGCCCCGCGGCGCCAGGCGGUGGCGGAGGCGGGGCAGGCGGGCCGGUUGCUAAGACUUGGUGAGGUGCGGCGCUUCCGCCCGUCUCGUCAGGUGGCUUCAGGCUUCCGCCCCUGUCCUGUCUUCACAGCGGAAAUGUCAGGAAAGGAGAACAACUUCCCCCCGCUGCCCAAGUUCAUCCCCCUGAAGCCCUGCUUCUACCAGAACUUCUCUGACGAGAUCCCUAUUGAGCACCAGGUCCUGGUGAAGAGGAUCUACCGCCUGUGGCUUUUCUACUGCGCCACCCUGGGCGUCAACCUCGUCGCCUGCCUGGCCUGGUGGAUCGCCGGCGGCUCAGGAGCCAACUUCGGUCUGGCCCUGCUCUGGCUGCUGCUCUUCUCCCCCUGCGGCUACGUGUGCUGGUUCCGGCCCGCAUACAAGGCCUUCCGAUCUGACAGCUCCUUCAAUUUCAUGGCGUUUUUCUUCAUCUUCGGAGCCCAGUUCGUCCUGACCAUCAUCCAGGCUGUCGGCCUCUCGGGAUGGGGCGCGUGUGGUUGGCUGGCUGCGAUUGGGUUCUUCCAGACCAGUGUCGGGGCCGCCGUGGUCAUGCUGCUUCCGGCCAUCAUGUUCUCCAUGUCGGCCGCCAUGAUGGCCAUCACGAUCAUGAAGGUGCACAGCAUCUACCGCGGGGCUGGCGGGAGCUUCCAGAAGGCGCAGACGGAGUGGAGCACAGGCGCCUGGCGGAAUCCGCCGUCCCGGGAGGCCCAGUACAACAACUUCUCAGGGAACAGCCUGCCAGAGUACCCCACCGUGCCCAGCUACCCGGCCAGCGGCAGCCAGUGGCCUUAGCAGGAGCCCGGCGGCCCCGCUGCCUGUCCUCCACCGGCCCACCUGCCCCUCGCCAUCCACUCCCGCCGCCCUGGGUUUGAUGAGGCCCCUCCGCCAGCCGGGACGGCAGACCCGGGGGCUCUCGGGGACCCGCCCCUGCAUUCACCUCACUCCCGAGAGCAGGGCUCCCUGCAAGCUCUGCCCAGAAGCUGUCCGGCCGCCGCUGUCCAGCAGAAGGACACCCCCUGUGGUCCUGAAUGUGUUUAGUCACCGUGACGUCCACUGUGCUGCAGCUACACCCUCUCCCCUCGGGGUCUCGGGGGGGCUGACCCGGGCCUUGCAGGUCAGAGGUGGGCCGACUGCCCCCUUUCCAGAGCUGCUGACGCAGAGAAGGGCCCCGGCCCCGCGUCCACCCUUCCCGGCCUUGCGUCCACCCUUCCCGGCUUCCAUCCGGGUGGUUGCCCUCGGCCCAGCUUCCAGUAAGAGGGAAAGAGGGAGGCCUUCCCAGCACCAGGUUCUGGUCCCUGGUGGGAGACGGAGGGGCUUGACGGUAGCUGGAUCCUCCAUGUGUCUGCCCUCUUGUGGACUUGCCGCCUCACUGCCACGAUCUGAGCUUCACCCCGUCUGUCUGUCUGGCUGGCUGUCCAUCUGUCCGUUGGCAGCUUGCCUCCAGUCCCCCUGCCCGUGGCCAUGCUCAUUCCGAGAUGCUCUCAUCCCCCCCGGAGGGGUCUUAGAGCUGGGACCGUCAGGUAGGACCUCGUCAGAUCCGAAACCUGGGACCAACUCGCUCUGCGGGGAAGGGGAGCCGCCGGUCUGUCCCAGAUGGAAGCAGACGGGAAACCAGACGCAUCUCCGCAGAGCACGCGCCCCAGGCCGAGCGCUGGGCCCGAGGCUCGUGGGCUGCCAUCCACGCAACCCUCCUGGGACCGCAGGACCAGGAGUUGGAGUCCCUGAGGGGACAGAGGAGAGUGACAAGUCUGUGCCUUAUUAGGAAUCUGAACCUGCCCCUUCGCUCUGCCCUCCGGUCCUUCCAGCUCCUUCCCAGACAAGCAGCCUGCACCUGUGUGAGUGGAUGGGCCCCCGUCCAGGCUCCCGGGCGCCCCAGACGCUGCCCCUCGGCUCCUAGUCACCCAGCCCUCGGGGCAGGACGCCCUUCCUGUCGCACCAGCUGGGCCGCCCCCCACGCCCCCGCCUGCUUGCUUGGCUACUCGUGCUGACCACCCCGCGGUGCCCGAAGGCGGCCGCGAGAAAGCACCCGGGUCUGGGACCCUAAUGGGCCCCUGAGAUGGGAAACCCAGGUCCUGUCGCGUCCCCAAGGCCACCUCCCGUGACGGAGGCGUGCGCCACACUCCCCGUGGGGCCGAGUCGCGCGUGAGCGGGGCGCCACCAGUGACGGGCGAUGAGCAGGCAUCAGCCAGCCCGGGAUCGCCCACGGCACCCACCCCCACCCCACUCCUCGCUGUGCGUUGUGGUUUUUGUUACGUGAGAAUAUCCAGGAAAUAAAGACAUCGUUUCUGCAUCA